UCGGUAAUAAUUACCAGCGGGAAUCAGGAAGCGAGCACAUUGCCAACACGUAUUCAUACUUCCCGCCAGUUCUACUGAGGAGUGGGAGAAGUGGGGAAGUUUAUCCCCGAGAUAAUGGUAUCAUUGGUGUCACUACGUCUCUGCUGAACUGAACGUCUCGUUGUCGGCUGUCGCUGUCAAUUGUGCGGCAACUGCCUUCUAGAGUGGAAGUCGUCCCGUCCGCCCAUUUCUUUGUAAACUAAACAUUGUAGGCUAAUCUUUUUUUGUUAUUUAGUUCCGAGGCAUAGGCCCCUACAAGUGGUGUGAGUUUUUUUUAGAAGUUUGUGUUAUUUUACAACGUAUUUACGUGGAGAUUUCACCUAUGGAUUCGUGUUUUCGCGAGUGAUGGUGUCAGUGUGGUGGUUUUGAAUUUUGGAUUAUUUUUCAUUUUGUGGAUCACGUAUUAUGGUUGGUGCGUUGUCGUGGCGUACUAGCCUGUGAGAUGUCAUGUUGUCGUCGCUGACGCUCGUGCUGCCGCUGCUGCUGCUAACUGCAGGGUGUGUCGCAUUUCAGUGUUCUACCUCCCCCUUCUCUCAGCAGACGACGGAAUAUCUUGUCUGUCCCAACGAAGAUUACAAAACCUACAACGACCCUGAGUUUACCAAUGACUGUGACUACCUGUCCACGUUGCCGUUCAACCUCUGCGAUGGCAGCGAGCUACAGUCGUUGGUGCUAUGUUGGAAACUUCAAGACCCUGUCUCUGGCACCAUGCAGGUGACAUACCCUCUGCUGCCUCAGAGAUGUAACUACACUGGGUAUGACCUCACAUUGAUGGUACACGAGGCGUCUAAUUGUCCCUCCAACACUGAAGACUUCUAUAAGCAUUCCAAGAGGGAAGUCAGCAUACGUAACUGCAUGGAUACAUCAUGUCACGACCAGUGCACUCAGAGAGGUGUGGUAGAGUUCAGACACAUGUUCACUGCCUGUUACCAGCUGUUUGUUACUCCCAAGAGGCACCUGAAGGCGUACCAGGACUUGGUGUCUAGUGCUGUAGCAGUCACCAUGCAGUAUGUCAAGACACCCAUCAAUACCAUGCACAGCCCCAUCUUUCAUCUUGAGUGGAACUCUGCCAGCGGUUCUGAGGUUAGAGUGCUGGUCAACUACUUAGACAUGAACCGUGUGUUUUUCACUCGCCUACAGCUGAUUAACUUGACUCCGCCGGACGGGGGAGGUGGAACCCCCGCUAGGGUCUACCUCAAUACCUCUGGCUCCGUCGGUUCACCAGACAUUAAGUGCAAGACUGGUAAAGGAGAAACAGUAGCACCAACCUGUUCAUAUCAGGGUGACAGCGUGGUGAGAUGUAGAUUCUCCAGCCUGAAGCCAGGUAACUACUGCGUCAGGAUACAGUUUGACGAUGACCGUUGUGCCGCGGACUCAGUAUGGAGCGAGUAUAACAACUACUCGACGUGCACUUGGGAGGUGUUCCAACAAUUUUUGUCACCAGAGCAACAAGCUGUCGAGGUGAUUGAAGACACGAAAAUCAGCCCGACCAUCAACCCGAUUAUGCUGAUAUUCAUCGCUUUUGCUAUUAUAGCCUGUGUGGUUGUGGCUCUAGUGGUCUAUCAGCACCUGAUGCCAGGCGCGCCUCACUUCCUGCCAGUACAACACAAGAACCUGCAGGUGUCUGAGAGGCCCGUAGUGCUGCUGUUGUAUGUCAGGGACUGUACACCGUUCAUGCAGGCGGUGGAACACCUGCGAACGCUAAUGAGGCGUGUUUACAACUGUCAGGUGAUUGACUGCUGGGAAGACAGCCAGUUUGGCGCGGUCGCCCAGAACCCUGCACGCUGGCUAAUGUCUCACCUGAGUUCUUCUCGGGUGCGCUGUGUACUGGUGACGUCGCCUGCUAGUGUAGUACAGGAGGCGGCCUUGGUCCACGGGCAGAGUGUCCGCUACAGACAGCCCAAGGCGUUGGAUGCUCUAGCCGCCCACGCACUGGCCACACUGCAUGAGACCAGCGGACACGACUCUUACAACAGAUUGUUUGUAGUCAGGCUAGACCCUGUCAACCACGGAGAGGGGACGUUUCCUCAAGUCAGGACAUACCUGAACCCUCUCACAACAUAUGUGCUGCCUACCCAUCUCAACAGACUGAUGGCAACACUAUACAACCUGGACUCCUCAGUGUGUACGAUAGCCACAGACGGUACAUCUGAUGAGGCAAUGUUGUCAGAGAUCAUUGACGAGUAUCGAGAAUACCUCAGAGAGAACCCUCGAUAUCUCGACAGUCUCUUGGUCUCGGAUAGUCAUCAGUCUGUUCUACAUAUACUCAACUAGACACCAAAGAAACUCUCGUAGUUAGUCUGACUGAAGUAGUAUGUCAUUGUUGCUGUGAUGGUAUUAGUGAAUCUCAAGCGUGAGUGUUUUGUAAAGCUUUGAACUAAUUUUAUUUCUUGCUGGUUAUUUUAUGGGUGUCCAACCGCUUUUGUAAAACCUUUUGUAAUAGUUUUUUUGCGAAUUUAAUUUUUUUUUAUAUUUAAGACUCAAACAAGACACCUUAUCCUUAACUGAUCUCAACUGUAGUUUAAACCUGAUUGUUUUAGCAGAAUUGUUUGCUUAGUAUGUGGGGUAAAAUAAAAUCGAAAUGAUUUAUCCUCUCCACUAGCUUAAGAAUCCCAAACAAUUCAAGUCACAAAACUCAAAAAUAGGUUGAACACCCUUAGUAAAAGAAUAAAAUAAUUAUUGUGUAAUUAUUUUAUUGCUCUCACAAUGAUUCCAGAUCUGUAAAAAGCCUAGAUGUUUUUGUUUUAGAUGUCAAUUUGGCAGCUUUGAUUAUUUUUAGUUUAAGAGUUCUUUUUGAAUGUUGGACUUAAAAAGACCAACAUCUAAAAGGAUGAGUAUGAUUUCAGAAUAAGUGAGAUACUUUUGGGGAAUCUCUAAGCCCUCCGAGGCACGGAAGCAACCUUAUAAGAUGUUUUGUAAAGUUUUCACACAUUUAGUUUUAAUUACUAAACUAUGGUUAGUAUCUCAGCAUCUAAUGCUGUAAUUUUUGUUUCCCAUGUAAACAAUUUUAUGCAUAAUUUACAAGAUUAUUGCCUCAACCACACUAAGCAAUCCGAUCGCAGAAGAAGUGGUAAAAUAUACUCAAAUAAAAACAGUCUCAUCAGGGAAAGAGCAACGGUCAAAUUCAUAUAUUUAUCUUGUUAUUUCCUUGCUGCGACAAACAAAGCCAUAUAGUGGAAUGUAUGAAAUAGAUGAUUUUUUAAAUGAACUAACACAAUGCUUGAAAUUUGAAAAAUAUAUUUCUUCAUUUUCCUGACUAUUAACUUUAUUUUUGCCUUUAUUUAUUUUGCUUAAAAAUAUCUUGCCAAAUUAUGCAUAUACACAUCUUUUAAAUGUAAACUUAAAUCUCUUGUAAGAGAUUGUAUUUGUUUCACCAUUUCUACAAAACAACUAAAUGUAUUUAUUGAAAAUUCAUCCCUGUCAGAUGUUUCUCAAAGGUCUGUUAUAUUAUUUUGAAAUCUGCAGUAGACUCUCUUUUAUCUGGACACCUUAUAAUCUGAUAUCAGUUAAACCUCCUCGGUACAUCGGCUCCUAAUUUUAAAAGUUUGAGGCUCUAUUGGUUUAACUGGAAAACCCGCUAUCCAGACUGGCCUCGGUCCUGAGGAGUCCGGAUAAGAGGGAGUCUACUGUAAUUAUAUAUUUUUGUUUUACUUUUUUCAAACCAAGAGUUUAAUUUUGUUAGUUCUGACUAUUAUGCAUAUAUAACGAGUGCUUGAUUUUUUUAUUGUACUGGUAUUCAAAACUAAAACUUGCAAGGAACCAUAAUCUUUUUUAUAUUAUAUCUUAUUUCACCCAAUUCUUUCCUACUCCUGUUUUGCCAUAAAACUCCAUAAACAAUACAUAGUACAUAGAAAUAUUGUCUUUUAAAUUUGUCUUAACAAUCUUAAAAAAUUCUCAAGAGUGUAAAGGUCCUGAAAUCAAGCACUGUAAAAAUCACAAGGGUUUAGUAGUUUUUUCUUUUUCAUUUGAACUUUUCUUUUUCAGUUAUUUGUUUGUAAAUAUUUUGUUUGUGAUUUUCUUUAUGUUGUAAGUUUUACAUUAUAGAAUAUAUUGCAAAGCUCAAUUAUAGAUUGGUUGUGAUAUACAGUAACUUUAAAUGCGUAGUCCUCCAAAAAAGUUAAAAAAUACCUGCUUGUACUGUCAAUGAAUGAUCUGGGUUUUGAUUUAAAUAUUACUUAAAGAUUCUAUUAACAUUUUCAAAAUUCUGUUUUUUUAUAUGCAAAACCAUAGUUUUAUUCAGUUAUAUUAUUUUUUAUACUUUUUAAAACUGUAACUUGCCCUAAAAAGACGUUAGGAAGUAAAAUGUAUACUUUUAGCAUUAUUAAUUGUCUGUCCCAAUAUCUGUUAUUUAUUUAUUGGUCCUUGUAUAUAGAUUUGUUUAUUUUGUACAUACAAAAUGUUCUUUAGUUUUAUUUCAUGUGGCUGUACCUAGGUUUAAUCUUUUGUACAUAAAGUGUAAAAUAAAGUUAGGUUUUAUUAUUUGA